GUCAGUAUCGCAUGCGACAGAAAAACGCAUUCAAAAAGUGACAUCAAUGAGCGAAGAAGAAAUAAUAAUCAAUACACAACGAGCAUAAACUCAAUCGAAAAACAAUAAUUUUUCAAUUCAAAUUAGAUAAGUGUCUACCGUUUUGAUAAAAUUUUGUAUUUUAACACGUCCUGAAAUAGAACUCAAUCGACAAAAUGAACGAUCCGUACCAGGGUUAUGCGUCCCAACCAGGGUAUCCUCCACAGCAACAUGGUAAAGACGGUUAUCCGCCACAAGGUUACCCAUCGCAAGGCUAUCCACCGAACGUUGGUUUCGUUAAUCCUGGCUAUCCAUCAGGUCCGCCGCAACCGUCCGGAUUUGUACCGCUUGUACCACCAGCCAAUAAUCCGUACGGCAAUGCACCGAUUCCACCGCAACAUCCCGGCGCGUAUAUCGAUCCGGAGGAUUUGACAGAAAUUAAAGGAUUUGAUUUCAGCGAAGAAACCAUUCGGCGAGGAUUCAUUCGAAAGGUGUAUUCGAUUCUGUCGAUUCAACUUUUGGUCACUCUGGUGUUCAUCCUCCUCGUCAAAUACGAAAAAAAUACGCUGAGCAUGGUCCAGAACAAUUUGUUUCUACUAUUCGUAGCCAUUAUCGUCACAUUCGCAGCACUAAUUGCUAUGGCAUGCGUGGAAAGCGUUCGUCGAACAGCGCCCACCAAUAUGAUAGUGCUCGGUAUAUUUACGUUGGCCGAAACGUACCUAGUUGGCGCCUCAACGAUCCGAUUCGAUCCAGAAGAUGUACUGCUAGCUAUCGGCGUCACCGCAGCCGUCUGCAUAGGACUGACGAUAUUUGCCUUCCAAACGAAAUGGGACUUUACAAUGCUUGGCGGAGUGUUAUUCGUCGGAUUGAUUGUUCUGAUUUUGUUCAGUUUUAUCGCAAUGUUCUUCCCCGGCAGAAUAAUGUCAUUGGUUUAUUCGUCGUGCGGUGCAAUGCUGUUUUGCGUUUAUUUGAUUUACGACACUCAGAUGAUGAUGGGUGGAAAGCAUAAAUAUUCAAUUAGUCCGGAAGAGUACAUUUUCGGUGCGUUGGCACUGUAUUUGGACAUCAUCAAUAUUUUCAUUCACAUUUUGUCAAUUAUUGGUUCUUCCAAAAAUUAAAAGCGAAACAAGAGGGGAAAUGUGGGAAAAUGAGAAACUUCAAACAAAAUAUUUUGAUUAAUUUACUGUUACGUGUAAUGGGAUGGUUUUUGUAUGCGGCGUGAUUUUUUUUGAAUAGAUAACGCUGAUAAACAGAAUGAUAAUGAAGAGGAAGAAAACUGAUUGUCUACGAUAAUAAACUUACAUGUAUGUAAAUGUCCGAGGAUGAAUUUGAAAUCCUUUUUACAACAAACAAUAAAAACAUUUUAUUAAUUAAAAAUAUA